CUGAGGAUUCUGCGGUACGAUAACCACAUCCACACUUCCUCCCGAGCCUCUGGAUCGGACCGUAUCGCGUCGAGGAUCUGAUCUGGCCUGGACGACCCCGGAUUUUUUCACUCCCCCGCGCGACAUCCUCCACACCUAUGCCCCAUGAGCAAUUGGACCCUGCUUAUCCAGCACCGCCCUUCGGCGGCUCUGAAUUCCCACCACGAACAUCCUCGCGCUUUGGCACCGGCAGCUAUGAAGACAUGUUCAGCAGCCUUGACGCCCAUCCCGUGCUAUCCCGCCCGCUGAUGCACCCGGGGACAGGCCAACCACUGACGCCCACUACGCCCUCAGAGAGCCACUGCCCUACUUUCCGCCACCAGCGUCCCAGGACCCCAAAAUCAUACUCUCAUUGUCCUCCGUCGCCCCGGUCGGCGACGUAUGCGAGCAGGCCACUCUCCCCAGCCCCUCCAGUGCCCCCCAUGCCACCAUCUCCUCACCUUCCACUGAAGACAUCCUACUCCACCGGCGCAAUUUCCACCCUCGCAGGCCCAGGGUCCGGGCCCCCAGGUCCCAUCUACGCGCCUUCGCGCUCCUCGUCCACAAAAUCAAACUACACCCUUGCCUCCAGCACCUCAGCCGCAACAGCGGCCUCCCGUUCCAGCAGCACCACUUCCCGCCGCUCCACCAUGAAGCCGCGGCCUGGACCCUGUGCCCUGCCGCCCCAGCCCGGCCGGCACAAUUCGCUGGCGGAGCUGCACGCGCGCCAGACCAACAUCGACCGCGUGGUGCAGCCCAUUAGUCCGUACGCGGAGGAGCCGAAUCCGCUCGAGAGGAUGGGGUAUCUAGUUGGCGGGAUUGUGCGGCGGAAGAGCAGCGGUGUGGAACUGCGCGCCGAGAACGACGGAGAGAGGGCGGCGGGAUUAGGCGGGGGACUGGGGUUGAGGAAGAAGAGUAGUUUUGCGAGGCUGGGGUGGGGCGCGCGGGGAGGCGGCGAGUACGAGGCUGAGCGGAGGGGGAGUGCGCCGGGGGUGGAUGUUAGUCGGAACUUCUGAGUUGGGGAUGGCAUCGUGCAGUUGACUUUUCUGAGCUGCAGACUCGAAGUUGCAGGGAGCGUUUGCUGUAUGAUUGUAUUGGUUCUGGCUGGAAUCAUCGCCUGCAAAGAGAGUGGCUACCGUUUGUACGCGCAGAGAUACCCUUAUAUAUUGUGAUGGGUCGACAUGUAUUGUAUUGUGUACGUUGGGCAUUGUGAUGCCAGCGUAUGUUGACUCGGUCCGGCAGGCUUUUAGUAUGCAUUGCAUGACAUUUGUACGUGUUGGGCCCUGUGGUGGAGCAGUUCAGCUAAAGUAGUCGGGGAUUCAUCAACUGCAUGUUGCUGCCGCAGCGGCAGCGCCCCUGUGCGGUUUAGACAAAGCAGAGGACGCUUCAGAGCGGAAUAGAGCGGAGAACCACGACAGAGUC